CUCGAUAAACAAAAUUUUAAUUAAUAUGGCUUCUUAAAGUGAAGAAAAAGACUUGAUAGGAUCCAUAUUAAGUGGUAAUGAGAAAUUCAUUAUUGUAGAUUAAGAUGAGAAGCAAGAAAUCAUCCCUAAAAAAGCAAGAAAGAAUUUAUCUUUGAAAUCUAAAGAAUUUGAUCCUCAAAUACAAUCUAAACAACAAGAAUUUUAGACUUCAAAUGCUAGUAUAUUAUCAACAGGUUAUUAAUCGCAUUAGAAAUAAAGAAUAUUUUUCCAAACUUAAACAUCAAUAGAAAUGUAUAUAUAUAUAUUUAUAAUCAAAUAAAUAGUUAGUCUUAAUUUUCUAGUGCUUUUCAAUAAACUGCAGAUUAAGAUAACACUUGUUCAUUUGAUAAUUUCUAAUGUAUUAUUAAUUUUAAGUACAAAUAGCUUUCGAUUCAUUUGGUUAGUUACACAGAAAACAAUCAACUAAGAAGCACUAUACUAUGUAACCAAUAGGAUAUUAAAACCAAUCUUUGGAAUUCACCAGUGAUUAAUGCAUAGAUGGUAAAUUAUCUUUGAGCCAAUCAGAUCUUGUAAAUUGAAAAUAUUUAAUAGAAAGGAAUAAAUAUGUGGAAAUUAAUUAAUCAAUAGAAAAAUAUAAAAUAUAUUGGAUAGUAAUGACAUCAAUUCAAAAAGACUGAUUUUUAAUCAAAUAGAAAAGAUAUGCUUAAAGGCUUCAAAAGAUAUGUUUGGGAAUUACACUGUACAAAAGAUAUUUGAUGUUGGAAGUCAAGAUUAGAAACAACGAAUGUAUAAUUUGUUGAUUAAUCACAUCUUUGAUUUAUCAAAAAAUCAAUAUGCAUGUAGAGUAGUCCAAAAGAUGAUUGAGUUUAUUAAGUAAUCCAUACACUAUUUAAAAGAGAAUAUCCCGAGUAACUAGAAAUAUUUUUACAAAUUCUUCAUCCUCAAAUGAAUUUACUAUUAAAUGAUUCUAAUGGCAAUUAUGUCAUUUUAUCAUGUUUUGAGUUAUUCAAUAAGAAUUAACUGAUCUUUAUUAUUCCAUUAAUAGAAGAUUCAGUAAGCUUUUAAUUAAUAAUAAUUGUAGUUGCAAUAUAUGUCAAAACAAACAUAUGGUUGUCGAGUAAUUUAGAGAGUUCUAGAGUAAUACCCUUUAGAAUAAACCUAAAGAAUCUUAGAUAUCUUAAUGACUAUUGCAUCUUAAUUAUGUUAUUAAGAAUUUGGAAAUUACAUUAUAUAGUAUUUAUUAAGGAGUGGACCUCAAAAAGAAAAAUAAAUAAUUUGUUAAAUAAUUAAAGAUAAUUUUGAAUAAUUAAGUAUUAAUAAAUUCGGAAGCAACACUGUUGAAAAGUAUAUAGACAUAAUGGGACCGAAUUAAAUAAUAAAAAUAUUAUGUUCAAUUUCAAAUGAUUAGUAAAUAAUCUAUUGUAUACUAGAUUUGUAUUUUACAAUUUGUCUACUAAUGCUUAUGGGAAUUAUGUUAUGAAAAAAGUACUGAUUAGUGGUGAUCCAUCUCUACAGUAUUUAAAAAGUUUAUUGAAAUAAUAUCCAGAUCUUAUUUAAAGAAUUAAAAACUCUGAUUUCGGAUAAAGAGUUGGAUUAAUUAUGGAUGCAUUAUGAGGAUAAUUAACUUGUAAUAGUAUCUUGCUUAUGAGUA